GUGCGUAUUUGUAGCUGUAGAGACGGUUUUUGUGUCUUUGAUCACUUUGCAACGUCCGUAAACAGCUGCUUCUACUACGUACUGGGUUCGUUCUGGCACAAAGAUUUAGAUGACCAAUACUCUUCGCCCUACAAGCUUCAUUUCACCUGGAUUGAUUUUCUCUUAUCCGGCGUAGAACUUUGGUAGUAAAUAUCAGGAACAGGAGGACUUUCAUCUCUCUUUCGCACGUCAGAACAAGAAAGCGAUCCUGUCGCCUCUCCAACUAAUCCUCCCCUGCGUCUCCAAUUUUGAACUACCGUAGAAGUUCCACGCCGACCAAAAUUGAGUACACCAAUAAUAGCGGAAGGUGGUUAUCUACGGUUUUUUUGCUGGUUGUAGCAAGACCAGAUAGGUACUACUUAAAAGAAUAAGAAACUCUUGCCAAGUGACACCGUAACUUCAUUGAGCAAACCACGUAAAGACAUGGAGUCGGACCCAGUGCAUCCGUCCGUGGUCGGAACAGCGGAGAGGCCAACGGGUUUAGGAGGUAGUAUUAUUUUUUUGCAACUUUCUGUGCGUGAGUUGAAGUGUUCACAUUUGUCAACAUGCGUCGUGUUUUCUUAUUCUUAGGCUCGACAGCGAUUCAGCUUGCGUCUGAUCCACCAUGCUCACUCAAAUUUUUCAAUCGCUUUCAAAUAAAUAUCAGGUGGUGAAGGGGUCAGCCCCUCUGUUCCUGCGCGCGCCGCGGAACAAUUGGAGCAGACCGCUGGGACCGGACACGACCGCGACCAUGGGAUCGUCGCAGGUAUGUACAGUUUGUAAAUAUUCUUGCACGUCAUCAUGUGAUGCUUCAGUUGCGCCAGUAGGAAAAGGAAAUGCAUACUUUUGUGUACGCAGAGGUUGUGAUGCGUGCCGAGGUAGUGGCAAUCAAGCGACACGAUAUAUUGAUAAGAUUCGCAUUUGUAGUUCGCAUGUCCUAGUUUGUUACGCAUGCUCGUGGUUGUGUGGAAAUGGAAGAAAAAUAACCGAAAAAUCUCGAUGAGGUGGUACCGACACGGCCCACACGGGGAUAAUUUCUUCAACGACGACUACGACAAUCAGACCCCGUUUGGAUGCGAUAUGCACUGCAAAUGUGUCUGGGACGGGAAAAGCGCAUAGUAUACCAUGCUCGGUUAGCAUGGCUCUCAAGUCUGUCAUGCACGUCGCCCAAGAGCCCCAAGUUUCUGUGUUGCAGAAUGAAAUGCAGCUUGCCAUGCAGAAUAGACAACACCUAGCAACUCAGAAACUUGUCAUGCUCCGGCACUUCUGGCGUCCUCAUGAUUUGCCACUUAGCAUCACAAGCUUCCAGACCCGGACAUAUUUGCAAUGCAUAGGCCAGCGACGGGAACAGUAAACAGAUCUCCUCGGAAAUGCUGGAGCGUCUGAUUUCGCUCGGGAGAUUCAAAAAUUUAAUCCCCGUCCGGGUUAUGCAUUGCAAACAUGUCUGGGUCUGGAAGAGUCAUGCUGUUUUUGCAUGACACAGAAGUUCUGGCAUGGAAAAAUCUAGCGUCACAGGUUUUGAGAAGCUUCCGCAUUGCCGAAUUCGCAUGACAAACCCGCCACGUUGCUGGCAGAAAGCGGGCAGCUUUUGCUAUCUAUGCAUGAGAGAUUUUUCUCUGUUCUGAAAUUGGCAUCACAAGUUUGCACUCUUCCAGACCCAGACACUUUCGCAGUCCAUAGAGGUCGCUGGGAUCGGCGCCGCUGGUAUCACAUGCUCAAAUGCGCUUGAAGACAAGAAACGCGCUCGCUGUUGUACUUAAAUACACAGUUGAAUGUAGAAGUAUACAGUGCUGGCAUCAUCUCCGGGGGACGAGCUAAGUUUUGCAAUUUCCCACUUGCGCUCGAUACUUGAUUUUACAAGCUGGCCAUGCAACUCACGCGAAUUCGUGCUACUAACUACUUGCAACAUUUGAAAGUGAUACCUGCCGAGUGGCAGAAGAAACUCAAUUUGGUAUCCUGAGGAAAAACGUCCCGACGCAAGAAUUGUCAUGCAGAUUUGCACUAUACUCAUACACGAAGAGGAAAUGAAGAGGAGCAGGAAAAUUUGCAUUUCUAGGGUACUGCGCAUGUUUUAUAUCGCCAUGAGAGGCGUUUCCAAGCGUGUGUUCGGAAUCGGAUUUGUCAUGCUGUAUAACAGGACGUGGACCGGACGAGGACAAGCACAAAGAGAUGGCAUGAUUUUGAUGCGGCUGUACCUUCUAAACUGCACGAUAAAAAAGAGAUGAGCGUGUGCGUGAUGUCAUCUGUGACUUACAAUUCUUCUGAACUUGUGUUGCGAGAUCCCCAUCUUAAACUCUGUGGUGGGGACGUUUUUUCCCAACGAUAUUUGGUGGACAGCGAGGAAGCCAUGACCGACAAGUACCUGUUAUAGACUGCAAAGAUGUCUGGGUCUGGAAAGUUGUAGUGCAUGUCGGUGAGCAACAUAUUCCACUGUAAUGCGCAGUCAGACAUGACAGAUUUGCAUUUUUUUUGUGGCUCCGGUCUGUGGGGUGUAGUAGCUGUUUUGCAUGAGAAGCUGUGACUUUGCAUGACAUACGACUGGAGCUCUUCGAGGCCCCGCAAGAAGGAGCUCAAAGUCAAAGCUUUGCCAGACGAGCAUGACAAGUCUGGCAAUAUUCCAGAUCAGGACAUAUUUGCAUUUGAUGCCAUUGCAUUGGUGGAAAUCAUGUGGUGUUCCACGUCCGUUACGUCGAACCAGAUGCGUCGCCAGAAAUGGCGGCGUGUCAUUAUUCGGUGAGGAGAUUCGGCAAGGCGGAAGACUACAAAUUUCGCGACGUCUAUCGCAAGAAAAAAACUGCUUCGCUGCAAAUUCGGAUAUGCAGAAAAUGCAUUGCUUUGCAGAAGUGUCUGUCUUGCUAUACAUGCAAGGUAAGUUAUUCCUGGCCGUGUUUUCCCGUAGGCAGGAGCCACGCACGGCAAGUUUUCUUCAAGCAAAAUGUCUGUACAAACUUGUCAUGCAAAAUUUGCAAAAUCCUUAGUUACAGUGCAACACUUUUUUCGUACGAUAAUGUCGGCUGCAACGUCACCGAGGUCCACAUCGCAGUGGUGCCGGCCAGUAUCUCGCCAGAGGAAGCCUCCAAUUCGACCACCGGAGCACCGACAGAUGUAGGCGACCUCCGCAACCCCAAUGCCGAUGCCACCGCAAUCACGUGGAAGUUAACGGACAACGUGAAGUCCAAGACUUUGGAAACUCUUAUGCUGAGUAAAAACGUCUCCACCCCAGGGCUGUCAUGCGAAUCUGCAUGGUCAGAGCAUCUGUCACGCGGCUUGUCCGCAUGACGGGCAUUUUGUGAUCGUGAUUGGUAAUUUGUCAUGCGCGAAUUAUGAUAGUUAGAUAAGACUGAGAGAAUGCAUUUGUGAUGCGUCCAGGCUAGUACCUAGGCAGGACUAUCAUGCUAUGUUUCCAAACUUGUCACGCGCAGGCACCACAACUUGUCAUCCGCAAGCGCCAAAACCAAUGACAGGCUUUCCAACUUGAACUAUGGGGUGGGGGCGUUUUUCCUCAGGAUAACUGUUGGGCGUGCGUUGGGCGUGGAAAUCCCCGCGUCGGUUUUCGUUCGGAUUGCAGACCCGACCGUGAUUUCGCAGACAACGGUGCUCGGAUUGCAGACCCGGCUGCCAGGUACUUCCACAGCGACAACAAGCCGGCGAUCGUCCUACAAUGGUGCUCGCCGCAACAGUGACUCCGAGGGGGAACUGCAAGACGAGGAGAGCGGCAGGCCGGCAAGUGGUCGCAGUCCCGACGAAAAGAGCGACACAGCGGGCGCUGAUCAGUUGUGCGGAUGUUCUCCGCAGACAACAAAAAAAAUCGUCGAUCUCGUUACGAGAACGGCAACUACGGUGGCACAGACGGUGGCGGCCGAGACGGCAACUACGGUGGCACAGACGGUGGCGGCCGAGACGGCGACUACGGUGUCGCAGACGGUGGCGGCCGAGACGGCGACCACGGUUGCAACCACGGUGGCGGAAAAAGUCACACGCGAGGAGCUGGCGAAGCAGAUCCCGAUCUUCCUCCGAGACUACGUGCGCCCGGAGAUUCACGAAGAAGUAAGAAAGGAGAUGGAGAAGCUGCAGCCCAACAUGGAGCAGAUUGGGCAAAUCCUGGAGCAGAAGUGGGCGCAGUUUCGGGAGGAGAUAGGAGAAACGUGGAAGACAAUGUCGGCGGAAGAGUACAAAAUGCAUCUUGCGACAGUCGCGGAGGAGCGUGCGGAGGAGCGCGAGCAGACCGAGCGCGACGCCGAAGCCAUCAAGAGAAGGCUGGCAAAACUCGAGGCAGACGAGGCCGAUCGCGAGCGCCGGCAGAAGCAAAACGACAGGACAGUGCGGGACAGCGAAAGGAAUGUCUCCGUGGUGAAGCACGAGUUGUUCCGACAAGACAAGCAGCUUGGCGCGCUUGAUUUGCGGCAGACGGUCUCGGAGCAGGAAACCAACGAGCGGCUCCGGGACGUGAACUACCAGCGACAGAAGGACCGGAGAGUGCAGGAGGGUAUCAACGCGUUGCUCUCCGCCCGACAGACCACAACUGAGCGAACCGUUCAAGAGCAGGGCAUCCAAAUCGAACACAACCGCACUGAAGUCCUCGAAGAGCAGAAGAACGCGCGGUACGUGAAUAACCAGCGGCGCGAGCGGCUGCAGGCAGAAAUGAACUCGAACCAAGAGAAGCUGAAGCAACAAUUGUCAACCACAAAUUGGGAAACCGAAAACAAAAUCUUGGCCGUGAAGGAGAGCAUCCGCGCCACCAACGAGAACGUGGCGAAGGACAAGGCGGAGCGGGAAGUGCAGAGCAACCUUAUCGCGGCAAACCACACCCGCGUGCUGGAAAGCACCGAACAACUACGGAACGAGAACACGACACUCGCGGGUACGGUGCAACAACUUUCCGGGAAGGUGGAGGAAAUGUCUGUCAGACUCGACAAGCUGGACGAGGCGCCAAUAAAACACAGUGAGAUGAACGACAGUGCGCUGGCGAAGUACCAGCAGCUGUGCGACAGCCGGCUGAACUCGCUGGAACAGGUGGUCGGCCAACUCCGGUGGCAGAAGGACGGAUUUCGGCUCGUCAACCAGAUCAUCAUACCGCUGCGCACCAUGGCGCGCCAGAGAUCCUACCACCGGGGGGAGGAAACGGACGAAGCCGCCAGACGGUCCGCGUUUCUUCUGUCAGAGAAAAUGAACGCCUUCGACGACCUGCUGUACGCCGCGGCGAUGAGUCCGACAGAGCAGUACACCCAGGAGGUGCACGAGAACCUGCAAAAGGAGUUCUGGAAUCUGAUGCGGGAAUGCAACCACGGCUUGAAAAUGGAAACCACCGAUGCCGGUAUCAAGCUGAAGAGCAUGCGACUCGCCUUCCCCGAGCUCCUGAAGAUGUAUUCGCAGCGGCUUUCGCCGGAAGCAAAGCCGGUCGACGAAAAUGGACAAGCGGCAUUGCGGACGGAGGCGGCGAUGAAGCAGAAGACGAAGACCAUGGACGCGGAGCCAGAUGAUACCGUCAGUAGUAGUACGACCGGGAAACAGGACCACAACGUCAAAAAUCUGGAUGGCCCGACGAAAAGGGAAAACGAAGUAAAUGACACCGGGGCGACAGUAGCGAGCGAUUGCGCUAGCACGACGACGAUUUUUUCUUCGAUGAAGGGCACGAGUACUAUGAAUUGCAAAAGGAUCGUAUGCGACUAGAGCAACUUGUGUUGCAACAAAUUAAUAAGUGGAACGAUUUGAUGUGCAGUAUAGAAACAACUUGUGACAGCUUAGAUGAAAGUCGAAAUUUGGGCAUGCGUGACCUUUAAAGUGAUGACGGACCAUUUUAGAUGGUGGUGCAUUUCUUAAAUCCAUGUGUGAUUUCGGUAUUCUGUGCCCGUGGACGAGAGGCACAAGCAGCAUACGAUGUUUUUGCGCACCAUAUUUAGCAGCAAGAGUGGUGGCGGUGGAGGUGAUGCGGCACCCGAUUCGGACGAGGCGCAACACUGA